CACCCCCAAUACAAAUCUCAUUCUCAUCUCUUCUCCAUAAAGAUAAAGAAAAGAAAAGGGUCUUACAUUUUAAAAACUCUUUUUUCAAUCUCUUUCCUUUCAAAGAAUAUUUUUUUUGAAAGGUUAUGAGAUAAAAGAAGAAAAAAAAACCCUCUUUUUUGUAUAUUCAGAUCUCUUUUUUGUUAUUGAGUUUUUCUGGUUUUAUUAUUGUAGAUCUUGAUAGUUUUAAAUUUCUGCUGUAAUUAUGGCAGAAAAGAAAAACUACAUUACAUCUGAAGAACUAUCAAAGCAUAACAAACCAGGAGAUCUAUGGAUUUCAAUACAAGGGAAGGUUUAUAAUGUAACAAAUUGGUUAAAAGAUCAUCCUGGUGGUGAUGCACCCCUUUUGAAUCUUGCUGGUCAGGAUGUUACAGAUGCAUUUGUUGCAUUCCAUCCAGGAACUGCUUGGAAACAUCUUGAUCAGUUUUUUAUUGGGCAUCUACAAGAUUAUACAGUUUCUGAGGUUUCUAAAGAUUAUAGAAGACUUGUUUCUGAGUUUUCAAGGUCUGGGUUGUUUGAGAAAAAAGGACAUUGGAUCUGCUUUUCAGUUUGUUCAAUAGUAUCUUUAUUCUCUGUUUGUGUCAUGGGUAUUAAAUGCUCUGAUAGUUUUUGGGUACACUUCUUCUGUGCUGCGUUGUUGGGUUUACUCUGGAUGCAGUGUGGAUUUAUUGGCCAUGAUUCAGGGCAUUAUCAGGUUAUGAUGAGUCCUUGGUUGAAUUCAAUUGCACAAAUUGUCACAGGAAAUUGUUUUACAGGAAUCAGUAUUGGUUGGUGGAAAUGGACUCAUACUGCUCAUCACAUCGCUGUCAACAGUCUUGACUUUGAUCCAGAUCUUCAACAUAUACCCUUCCUUGCGGUAUCUUCUACCAUCUUCAACUCACUUACAUCUAAAUUUUAUGGAAGAAAAAUGACUUUUGAUGCUGCUGCUAGAUUUCUUAUAAGUUAUCAACACUGGUCAUUUUACCCUGUUAUGGCUGUUGCUAGAGUUAAUCUUUUUGCUCAGUCAUUUUUGUUGUUGUUAUCAAGCCGACCUCUUCAAAACAGAAGGAAGGAAUUGUUAGGGUUACUUGUGUUCUGGAUGUGGUAUUCUUAUUUGAUUGCUAGUUUACCAAACUGGGGGGAGAGAGUUAUGUUUGUGUUGGUAAGCUUUGCUGUUAGUGGGAUUCAGCAUGUUCAGUUCUGUUUGAAUCACUUCUCUGCACAUGUUUAUGUCGGCCCUCCGAGGGCAAACGAUUGGUUUGAGAAGCAAACCAAAGGAUCCAUUGAUAUUGCUUGUUCUACUUGGAUGGAUUGGUUCCAUGGAGGUUUGCAAUUUCAGGUCGAGCAUCAUUUGUUUCCAAGGUUGCCAAGGUGCCAUUUGAGGAAGAUCUCUCCUUUUGUCAAGGAACUUUGCAAGAAACACAAUUUGCCUUACGUUAGUGUUUCAUUCUGGGAGGCUAAUAAGUUAACAAUUAGAACCCUAAGAGCUGCAGCUUUACAAGCUCGAGAUUUCGCCAAUCCGAUGCCAAAGAACUUGUUAUGGGAAGCUGUUAAUACCCACGGUUAAGAGAGGAAGUUCUUAGAAUCUCAGUGUUUGGGGAAAUUUACUGCUUUUCUGUUUUGCUCUUUUUGUUUAUCUUUUUGCUUAAUGUUCUUUGGUUGGGUUUGGAUGGAGGUCUGUCUUCGUCUCUGCGGGUGAGAAUCAAUUUUACAUGUUCUUCGAUCUUAAGAUGAGGAGUUGCAUCCGAUCAUUACUUGAGUUGAAACUCGUCUAUAUAUUCCAUAGGAGGCUGUUAUAGUUCUCUAGUGUCUCUUCAAUUGCCUUGACAUUGAAAAUUAUUAUCAAAAACAAUAAUGGGAUCUCAUUGGCAGGUAAGUAUCGUGCAGACGUUAUAUGAAGUUCACCUAGAAAUAUAAACAUAUAUAAAACCAAGUAUUAUUAUUAUUUAAGUAUGUUUUAUAGUCUUGGGUUCCCUUAAUUUUGUCAAUAUAUUUUUUUGUGAUGAAUUCGAAUAUCUGGUGCUUGGAAUUCUUAUCCGGACCAAAUGAAUGUAAUAUGGCGAAAGUUUUGGUUUC